UGAUCCAACCUAUCACAUGGCUAAUGUAACAAAGUGAAUUUGCCUAAUCACCUUAGGUGCCAGUUUGCUGGAACAUGGCUGUGCGUUUGUUUGAGGCAUGACAUCAUGCAGUUUCCUAUCAGAAAUACAGAUUCUCUCCCUCUGAAAAUCUCCAAAGUGUCAUCUUCUCCUACUUGGAAGAAAAGAAAGUACACCCCGUUCGGCUGGCAGUGGAUGUCGGUUGUGGGUCGGGACAAAGCACUUGCAUACUUGCAGCUCAUUUUGAGAAGGUAGUUGGAACAGACAUCAGUGAAGCUCAAAUCGAGGCAGCCAAACAAGCUCCCUCCUUCCCAAAUGUUUCUUACCAUGUGUGCCCUGCAGAGGAACUGCCAUUUGAGGAUGGUUCUGUGGACCUCAUUACUGCUUUUACAGCUGCCCACUGGUUUGAUAUGCCGAGGUUCAUGAAAGAAGUGGAUCGAGUUCUCAAGCCACAUGGCUGUGUGGCCCUUAGCACGUACACUACAGACUUCAGUAUGCACUAUAAAGACUGCUCGGAAAGGCUUACAGAAAUCUUCACUGAGACCCGGGACCUGCUUCUUGAAUAUGCAGAUGAAAAAGUAAAACUUGUCAUUGCAGAGUAUAAAGAGCUGUUUGAGUCUGUGCCUUUCCAGGACAAGAGGAGAGUUACCCAGAUCUUAGACAAAAUUCCCAUAUCUGUUUCUGGGGUGAUCGGGUUAUUCCAGUCCUUCUCCAUGUAUCAAGCCUUUCUGAGGAGCAACCCUGAAGCAGCAAAAUCCCUCCUCCAAAAAACUGAACAAAGGUAA